AUGUGAAUAAGUUGGUGUCAGACUACGGCGGAUUUGAUAAAUGGUCCUGUAUUGUCACUGAUGGCGCCAGAGCUAUGACAGGGACUGAAAUAGGAUUUGCAGGACUAUUGAAACAAAACAGCAUCAACUGUCCUAUGAUACAUUGUAUUGUUCACCAAGAGAGCUUAUGUGGAAAAUCUUUACGUCAAAUAAAUGUCAUGAAAGUGGCUGUUAAAAUAACUAAUAUUGUUAGAGUGGGCAAUCGUGCUUUGACUCACAGAAAGUUUCAUGAUUUUUUAGCCGAAGUGGACGCUACAUAUGGGAACUUGUUACUUCACAUUGAUGUUCGUUGGUUAAGCGCCGGAAAGUGUUUGCAACGAGUGUUCGCUCUACGCAAGGAAAUUCCUAUUUUCCUUAAAAAUGAAGUGACGUCCGACACUACGGAACUGGAAAAUCAAAUGACAGAUGCACAAUUUUUAGCAGACCUUGCAUUUUUAACAGACAUGACAUCUAACCUUAACGAAUUGAAUUUGAAGCUACAAGUAAAACAGCAGAAUAUUGCCAACUUAUUUGGACACAUAAAUGGUUGUAAAGAACAUUUCGAAGAAAUGAAAGAUUUUGAGAAAGUUUCAUAUUUACCUCAUAUAAAAUACAUUGACACAAUUGCAGAAGAAUUCAAAAACCAAUUUAGUGACUUUAAAAAAAUCGAAAGCGACAUUUCAGUUUUUACUCAGCCACUAACAAUUUCUGUUGAGAACGUAAGCAGAGCAGACCCUAAACUGGAAUUGUGUGAUUUGCAAUCAGAUCCUUUUUACCAAGGAAGAACUGAAAUUGGCUUGGACUUUUUUAAGUUACUGCCAGGAGAACGAUACCCCAAUUUGCGAAACUUCGGACACAAUGGGAUCAAUGAUGGGAAGCACGAAUCUUUGCGAAAGCAGCUUUUCCAACAUGAAAUUUAUCAAGUCAAAGUAUAG